AUGGAGGCCGGCGCCGAGCGAGUUUCCAGUCAACCGGCGGCCGAGGGCGGCGAGGAGGAGGCGGAGACGGCCGGCGGCAGCUGGCCUGGGGGUGGCAGUGGCGAGAGAUACAUGGGACAGUUUUACGUGGACCAUCGCCAUGGGAAGGGGAUUUGCUACUGGCCUGACGGUUCCAAAUUCACUGGAACAUUUUAUCUCAGCCAUAUAGAAGGCUAUGGGACUCUGGAAUGGAAGAACGGGAGAAAAUUUCAGGGGCUGUACAAAUUUGAUGAGCGAUUUGGACCAGGAAUCGAGAGCUAUCCAGAUGGCUAUCAGGAUGUUGGCUUGUGGCUGAGGAAUCAUCUAAUUAAACUGUGUACUGAAGUACCUGGUUAUUUUUCUCUCUUGGAUUAUCCAGAACACUUCAGAUAUGUUGAUGCCAGUUCUCAAAGGAAGUAUAUUUCUGUUGAGGAGGACCCAUUUCUCCGUAGCUAUAAACAUCUCCCUUUUCAUGACAAGAAUAUUUUGCCUGAAGGAGUCUUUGGCUAUUCCCGUAACACAGAUCAUCUUACUUUGACUCGCACCUUUCUGAAAGAGUGUGAUGCUUCAUAUUUCCAGAAUACUUCAAAGCUAUCUGAGGAAGACCUUUGGCCUGUUGCCAAUGUAACCCCCUUACUCGUCAGAAUGCAGAUGCAUAUUUAUAAACACAGGUGCUGUGAAGCAGAGUUUGCUUCAGAUGUCAGCUUCAUUCUCAGUGGAGUCCGCAGUACUUAUGGGCCUCCAGGCCCCAAGGAGCUUGCCUCAGAGCAGUUAAUUCAGAAAGCAGCAAAAGGAGACUUUGAUGGAGUCUAUACGAUUCUGAGGGAUGAGCUUGCUCAUCCAGACGUAGCAGACAAACAUGGAUACACAGCACUUGCUGCUGCUGCUGUUAAUUCCCACAAUGAUAUUGUUAAUCUUCUUCUCGAUAGUGGAGCCGAUGUGAAUAAGUAUAGUGAUGAAGGAUUAUCUGCUCUCUCCAUAUGCUUUAUUCUGUAUUAUCCAGCAGAAUCUUUUAAGGGUAAUAUUGCUGAGAGGAACUUGCACAAAUACAAGGAGAACGAACAAUCACAACCAUCAGAAACAACUAAAUUGUCUGAAGGCAUAAUCUCAAAACAGAAGAAGAGAUGGGCCACAAUCCAGCUGCUGCUUUGCCGAGGUGCAGAUCCCAAUGCCUGCUGGAUACCAUCACCCCUUCUGUUCUUUGCUGUUAAAGCUGCAGAUGCAGAAGCAGUGAAAAUCCUCUUAGAAAGGGGAGCCAGGACUGAUGUGCGGCUUCCAUCCAAGUUAAGGGGUUUAACCCCUCUCCAUAUAGCUGUAUCUAUUCCUGGGGAGGAAGGGGUCCAGAUAACACGGUACCUCCUGCAUUCUGCCCCAGAUCUUGAUGCAAGGGCAGAAGAUGUAAAUGAGGCAUAUGGUCCAGACCAGAUUCCUCUGCCUCAAACCAGAGAAGCCAAAUUAUCCCGUGGUGUCACUGUGCACCUGAAGAAUGAAACAGGACCACCAAAAGAGUACUUCUCCUCCUAUAGUGGUCCUGUUCCAGAAGAAGGUGGAAGGAGUGCAUUGCAUAUUGCAUGUGAAAGAGAGGAUAACUGUGAGCAUGCUAGAGAUGUUAUCCGCCUCCUUUUAAUGCAUAAGGCAAAUCCAAAUACACUGUGGAGUGGCCAUUCACCACUUUCCUUAGCAAUUGCCAGUGGGAAUGAUUUGGCAGUGGUUGAACUCCUCAAACAUGGUGCUGAUCCAAAUCUGCCAUUAAGAGGAGCAGUAAGAAGUGCCCUUUGUACAGCUGUCAGUACCAGAUAUGAACAGAAGAGAACGAAAGCACAGAGGAUUGCUUUGGUUGAUAAGCUGCUUGAAGCUGGUGCAGAUAUCCUAGCACCAGUAACUCUUAGGGAAGGACGGCAAAAAGCAGUGGGAACAGCUGUUGAUUAUGCCUAUUUUGAAUAUUACCAGGAUAGGAGAAUUGCUCACACACCAUACCAUGUACUGACAGCAUCUGAGCGGGAGAUUUUUCAAAAACGCCAGUCACUGAUAGAACACAUUACUGGGAAGCUCCGUGAGCGUGUCAUCCUGAAAGAGGGAGAAUGGAAUAAAGAAGAGUUGAGAAGAUCCAAGAAAUUGGAUUCAAAUAUUCGUACAUCUGCUUCAAAGAAGAAAUGGGGGAGCCAUCAUGCGGAAGAAGUGAGGAUACCAUUUUUUAAAUACUGCUAUCAGUGCGGACGUUCUGUUGGUGUUCAGCUGACACCUUGCAUUCAUUGCCAUGAAAUCUUCACUUGCAGUGAAGCUUGCAGAAGGAAAUCCUGGAAGGAGCGGCAUAGGCGUGAAUGUUCAGGAUUGCCGGGAGUCUUUGAGUGCACCAAAAGUUACUACAUGGUGCUGGGGGUGAGGAGUAAGGUCGUGGAGGGCUAUGUGGUUUUCUCCUUGAUGAUACUGGCUAAACAGGCCGACCUUUCGCAGCUGUUCCUCUCUGGGCAGAUGCUCCAGUCCUCUGAUCAUCUUUGUAACCCUACACUGGACUCCCUCCAUUAG